CCAUAGUGCAAGUUCGCUCUUAAUGUAUAACGUAUUGCCUACAUUUAGGAGUAUUAUUUGAAAUUGCUUGCAAAGUGCUCGUUAGGCAAACAAUAAUUACUCUGAGUUUUAACGUUAUUCCAACGUGCUACUCUUUUCGAUCGCAAUUACUAAAAGACAACGACAUGUGUUUUCCAUUCCCACGAUAUAAAACAAGUAAAGAACAGCUUUUGCCAUCCGGUGGCGCACAGAACGUUUGAAUGUUUUGGCGUAGCGCACAUAUGUGUUUAUCAAUCAAUCGAUAAGAUAGCGCUUUCCGCUAGUGCGUGAUGGCAUUGCUGCGAACGUUGUAAUGAGCUGAGAAAGCUGCCUGCUUGACUGUCGUGGUGUAAGCCACGCCGACCCCACCACCAUUCUGACCGUGGUGGUGGUGUGUGACUCGUUGCAUUUUAUCAGUUGUAAUGUACACUGAGCCACGACGACGACGACGACGACGUGGUUGUAAGUAAGGCUGGCAUUGCUAUUUUCGGGCAGAAAACAACUGCGCCUUGCAAGAUGGAUAGCUAUUUGGGUUUAGCACAGAGCAAGGUGAAGCCGCGUAGCUUGGUGGACGGAUUUUCAAACCGAACGGCCACAAUCAAAAAGAGACCACCACGCCCCACAGGAUACCCAACAACGGCUUCCAGGCCCAUAUCGACCUCCUCGAUUGUGAUAGACAGUGCCGCCCAGUUUCGUUAUCUACAGGAAGAGCAUCUAGCGCUGCUGGAGCGGUACAAAAAGCUGGAAGAUAGCUACACCGCGCUGCAAGGCGAGUACGCGAAGGUAAAGUCCGACAACGAGCGGCUGCAGGGCGCGUACGAGGAGCUGCAGGAAAGCUACAACAGCGUCACGGCGAAAAAUUUCAACGCCGGCAAACUGCUGGUCUACUUGAAGCUGAAGCGCCGCACCGAUAAGGAAACGCUGGAGAAGCGCAACAUAAUCAAGAAUGAAGCUUGCUUCAACACCUACCUGCAGGAUGUCGUUAUGCUCGAUCAGCACCCGCGCAUACCGCGGGUCGUGCACGAGUGCAUCGCGGUGCUGGAAGCGAACGACAAGUUCAUGAGAAGCCCGGGCCUGUACCGGGUGUCGGGCGAUCACAACGCGAUCCAGAACCUGCGGUACGACAUCAACGCGAACAACUACAAGCGGCUGCGCAAGCAAAAGUCGCCCCACGAGGUGUGCGGCAUACUGAAGCUGUUCCUGCGCGAGCUGAAGGAUCCGCUGAUAUCGCUCGAAACGUGCGCCAAGUAUCUGCCGGAUGUGAUACAGAUGAAAACCAAUACGCGAUUAAAAAUUAAGCAAUUGAUCGGCAGCCUAGAUGAGGUCCGGCAAAACACGCUCAAAGUGCUCAUGAAACAUCUGCGAAGUGUGGCGGCCAUUGAGGAAAACGAGGUGGACAGUUUCAGCCUGGGCCUGCUGUUUAGCUCGCUCAUCUUCAACGAAACGCUGGCCGACGUGUGUCCGGUAAAGUUUCAAAAGCUGACUAUGUUCUACUGGGCGGUGGUGCUGGGCGUGAUUGCCACCCUGCUGGCCGCGCUGGACUGGAAGUAUAAGUCGUACGAACAUUUGCCCGGUCCUAGACGGUGGCCGUUCAUCGGUAACGUCGUGUCUUUCCUCGGUGCCGGACCCGUAGAAAUAUUUGAUCAACUUAUCGCAUUCGCCUCCACGCACGGGAAGGUGUACAAGCUGGACUUUUUCUACGACUACACCAUCAUUUAUUCGUCGCCGGAAGCAGCUGAGGCCAUUCUAACAUCGCCCGCAUUCACCGCCAAAUCGCAAGACUACGACAAGGUGUCGGAAUGGAUCGGGAACGGGUUGCUGAUAUCGCGCGACCAGAAAUGGUUCACCCACCGGAAGGUCAUCACGCCCGGGUUUCAUUUCAAGAUAUUGGAAAACUUUGUGCCCGUCUUCAACCGGCAGGCGGAAGCGUUCUGUGCCAAGCUGGAAACGCUGACCGGCCGGUCCGCCGACGCGGUGAACGUGUUUCCCGAGCUGAAGCUGCUGACGCUGGGCAUUAUCUGCGAGACGGCAAUGGGCGUUGGGAUGGACGGGGAGGGCCAAAGCACCCAGCAGGCGUACUACACGCAGAUCGUGGAAGAGCUAAGCUCCAUCCUGUACUGGCGGAUGUUCAAUGUGUUCGUUAACAUCGACGCAGUGUUCCGGCUGACUCGCACCAGCCGGCGUUUCGAUGAGCUGGUGAAAAAGUCGUGGCAAUUUACGCUCGGUAUGAUCGAGAGAAGGCGUAAGAUGAAUGAGCUCGAGGCGCCGGUUGAGGUGCGGAAGGAAGAGGAGGAGGAAACGUUUGGCAAGCGGAAACGUGCACUGCUGGACACGCUGCUGGAGGCUCGCAUCGAUGGGAAGCCCUUGACGGAUGAGGAAAUUCGCGAAGAGGUGGACACGUUCACGUUUGCGGGACAUGAUACGACAGCCUCGGCCAUGACGUUCAUUCUGUACAACGUAGCAAAGCAUCCCGAGAUCCAGGAGAGGGUGUACCAAGAGAUUGUGAAUGAAAUUGGCGCAGACUUUUGCGAGCUUUCCCUGAGCACGCUUAACAAUCUCCACUACAUGGAGCUGGUCAUCAAGGAGUCGCUACGGCUGUUCCCACCCGUCCCGGUGAUAGCGCGCAUCGCCACGGAAGAUACGGAACUGCUGGCGGAGCGUAUCACACGCGGCACCAGUGUGGCGAUCGAUAUCUAUACCAUGCACCAUAGCGACGACUACUUUCCCGACGCGGAACGAUUCGAUCCGGACCGGUUCGAGGGGGCACGCGACGCGCAGACGUUCAACCCGUACACGUACAUUCCGUUCAGUGCCGGCAGCCGGAACUGCAUCGGCCAAAAGUUUGCCCAGUACGAGCUGAAAAGCACGCUGGUGAAGCUGCUGCAGCGGUUUCAGGUCCGGCUGGCGGAUGCAAGCUACGUGCCGAUACUGAAGGCGGAGAUCGUUCUAAAGCCGGCGGAAGGGUUGCCGUUGCGGUUUAUCAAAAGGCGAGUUUAGAA